GUCCAAUCUAAAUGCUUACAGGCAAGGAAGAACAACCCUUAUUGCUUUUGAGAGUAAUGCGCUUAAAAAAAAGUCUAGUCCAAUCGAGGAAAUCAAGAGAGCAAGGAAUUGCCAAAGUAUUUAAGGAGUACCUUCACUGAUACCUAUUAAUUGUCGGAACCAGCUAAAGAGAAAAAAGGCAAAAAGCUAUUGCCUCAAUAUGCAUUUGGGAACUCUCUGGAGUCUCCUACAUAUUUCAGGAAUGCAAAUACAUUGAUUUGUAGAGAAAGCUACGACAAUCCAUUUAUUAAGGGACAAUAGAAACCGAAAAGCAAAUGGGAUUCGCUCCGUAGCAAUACAUUGAACAAUUAUGAUUUCUAUAACAUUUCUGAAUAGAAAUUUAGUAAUUUGCCAUCUGAAGGUUUUCAAAAUGUAAGAUUAGUGAAGUAGAAAAUGUCAUUAAUAUUAAAGUACAGUUACAAACCAGGUCAAUAUUGUGAAGACUCCAAAAGUCAAGAAUCAAGAUCAUACUUUCUAAUAGGCAUAUCGAACAUUAUAAAAUACAAGUCACUUUGGACGUAAACAUGGUGAGCAUUUAAAUUAAUAUAUGAAUAGAAUUGUUUACAGAUUUUAUUGAAAAAAAUGAUAAUUAAAAUGUAUAUGGCCAUUUGAAUGAUCGUUAAAGACCAAAAGGCCAUUUAAGAGAUGUAAAAAACUUUAGCCUGAAUCCAUAAGAAUAGAAACUACAACAUAAAUACACAUUUAAUUUCAACAUUGCAAGUCCAACUCAAAAGUCUCCCAGGAAGUAAUAGUUCCCUAAAGUGAUAAUGGCUGAUGAAUAGGUUGAGAAAUAUUUUAAAAGAGAUUAAAAGUAAGAAUGAUGCAUAUACUAGUUUUCUAAAUGCUUUCAGUAAUUCAAUCAUUGCAACAUAGAUAGAUAAUAAAAUGAAGCGAAAUAAACAAGAUAGAUAUAAGUAAAUUUAAUUUAUAUUUAGUGCUGAUCCUGUGGUUUAAGAUUAUUAAGAAAAUGAAAUUGGGUUGAUAGAAGUAUUCGAAAAACACCUAGAAUUUGAAAAGUAAUAUGGAAAUUGA